AUGCUGGAGGCGUUCGGUUCCUACGUGCGCACCGUCGAGAAGUACUACAAGGAACUGGAGAUACCAGACAGAGACAACGUCUUGGCGGAUGGACAAUUGUCUUAUCCACUGCCGACGUCAAGCAGCCGUGGCAUGCACUUCAAGCUCAGGGACGUCUGCUUUGACUACCCAGGUGGAUCGGACCAGAUGGCUCUCCGCGGAGUGAACAUCACAAUACUACCCGGCCAGCUGGUCGUUAUCGUUGGGGUGAAUGGAAGCGGAAAGAGUACCCUCAUCAAGCUCCUCACCCGCUUGUACGACCCUACGUCCGGGACCGUCUCCGUGGACGGCGAGCGCUUGUCCGCGUAUCGCCAAUGCACCAUCCGGCAGGCGACCGCCGUCCUCUCACAAGCCCAUCGCAUAUUCCCCAUGUCCAUGGGCGAGAAUAUCGGGAUCGGUUGCGUCGAGCGCGUGCGCGACGUCGACGCGGUGCGUGAAGCUGCGGAAGACGGUGGGGCGAGCGGGUGCAUCUUCAAGUUGCGACACGGGUUUGAUACCAUCCUCGAACCACAACAUCGCGCAUACGGCGAGCAUAUAUCCGAUGAGGAGGACGACCCGCUGCGCCAGCGACUUGGUGCACUCGAUAAAUCAAUCCAACUCUCGGGCGGCGAGAAGCAGCGCAUUGCUGCAGCGAGGACGUUCAUGCGGUUCAAGUCAGGCAAGAUCCGUGCUGUGUUCGUGGACGAACCGAGCUCUGCGCUAGACCCCGAAGGCGAACUGAGACUGUUCGACAACCUGCGCAAAGAGCGCCAGGGGAAGACGAUGAUAUUCGUCACACAUCGAUUCGGGCACUUGACGAGGGAUGCCGACCUGAUCAUUUGUAUGAAGGACGGUCAGGUCGUGGAACAAGGACAACAUGACGCGCUCAUGACUCAGAAUGGGGAGUAUAGGAAGCUCUACGAUAUACAGGCUACAGCAUACACUGGAGCGAGCGGCGCAGAUGAUGACUUCGAGUCAGCAGAGGACUACUAA